AAGAAAAACACCGUCUAGUUAUUACUUAUUUCAGAGAGUUCAAGUUGAGUUUUUGGUGGUUUUGUUGAGCAAGUGCGAGGGUUUUGUUUUGUGUUACUGGCACCAGUAAAUGGCUGUAUCUCUAAACAUGUCGCCAUAUUUCACUGGAUAUCCAUUUCAAGGUCAGGGCCGCGUCAACCAGCUCGGGGGUGUUUUCAUCAACGGACGUCCGCUUCCGAACCACAUCAGACUGAAGAUCGUGGAAAUGGCUGCUGCGGGAGUGAGACCCUGUGUGAUAUCGCGACAACUUCGCGUAUCGCACGGGUGCGUCUCCAAGAUAUUGAACAGGUACCAGGAAACCGGAAGUAUCCGUCCCGGUGUCAUCGGUGGAAGCAAACCUCGAGUGGCCACCGCUGAAGUUGAAUCUAGAAUCGAGCAAUUAAAAAAAGACAACGGUGGCAUUUUUUCGUGGGAGAUCAGGGAUCGAUUGAUAAAAGAAGGGGUGUGUGAUAAAAAUUCGGCCCCUUCCGUGAGUUCGAUCAGCAGACUGCUACGUGGUGGGAGGAAAGAUGACCCUGAAAGAAAAAAUCACUCCAUCGACGGUAUUUUAGGCCCAAACUCGUCAUGUGACGAAGAAUCCGAUACGGAAUCAGAACCAGGAAUACCGUUAAAAAGAAAACAGAGGCGUUCCAGAACCACUUUCACUGGCGAACAGUUGGAAGCGUUGGAACGCGCUUUUGGCCGCACUCAGUACCCCGACGUGUACACCAGGGAAGAGUUAGCACAAAAAACCAAACUCACCGAAGCCAGAGUACAAGUUUGGUUCUCCAACAGACGAGCUAGAUUGAGGAAACAACUAAAUUCCCAGCAACUUAACGCCUUUAAUACUAUGUCACUUCAAAGCGCCUUUCCUGUACACCAACAAUACCCAGAAAGCGGUUUCAACCAAUCAUCGUGGGCUCAACAAAGCUACGCUUCGGCGGCUUUAGGUAGCACAGCUUUAAGUGGCGCCCACCCCACCCUAACAACACCACCUAGUACUGCCAGUACCUCACCACCAUCUCAAAGUUCCCUAUACAAUUCCUACAGCUCGUCUACAAACUUGGAAGGUGCGAAUCAGUUUAAUUACAACAUGGCUCAAGUUUCACCCAACCAGCACAGCGUACCAUCCACACAACAACCUGUAUGGGGUAGGCAGAACAACAAGGUUCCCGAUAAUUUAUCCACGUGGCAUGAAAACUAUAGUUUGUUUGCUUCUGGGGCACAUUAUGGGGCUCAUUCACCUGGUGAGGUGAAAUCUGGGUACCCCUAUUUUGGUGCUAUGGAGAUGUGUUCGACUAGGGUACACUAAGUUUGC